AUGAAGACUACUCUCUACUUCCUCGCCUGCGCAUUGCUUCUUGAUGGCGCUGCUGCUCAAUGCUCUUUGUGUCCUGGUGGAUCCUCUGCAAUUGGAAGCCUCAACGCUGCAUUGCUUCCUGGAACCAACGACGCGACCUGUGGACAGAAGGAGGCCCUUGCCGCUGCUGCAUCUAACGCUAACUGCAGUGCCGUUGUUGCUACCAUCAAUGCUGGAAUUGACUACUCUGCCUUCUGCUGUGGUGAUGUCCGAGCCGACUCCAACUCUUGCAAGUUCUGUGACGGAAGCUCCGUUGAUGUCAACCAAGCCUUCCCAUCUGAUUUCAGCAAUGCCGUCACCACUUGCGGACAGGCACAGACUUUGACGCAAUACAUCUCUGCCAAUGAUUCUGCUUGCACUACUAUCCUCAACAUUGCAUCUGAGAGCUGUUGUCCGGCCCCCACCAUGCCUCCUACCAGAGUCCCAACUGUCACCAGGCCACCAACUCCUUUCCCAACACCUGACCCAACUCCGGGUCCUACUCGUCGACCAACUUCUGCACCAGCUGUCCCUGCCACUCAAUCUGGUGCCAACCAGGUGUCAAUGGCCACCCUCGUUAUUUUGGGAGUCUCUGCCUUGAUCUUGCAAGCUUAG